AUGAUGUUCAUCUCUGCUCUCGCUACUGCAGCUCUCGCCAUCGGUGCGGUAUCUGCGCAAGAAUGCACCGCUGAUCGACGUGUGUACCUUUCGCGAUUCGUAGGAAUCGGUUAUAACGCAGAAGGGUUGGGCAAUUCCAAGAAGGGAUUCGACGAGGUUCCCUGGGGCUCCCCAGACUCGGCAGGGACAUGUCUUACAACGAUCAUACCGAAUGGCUUGGGAUGCGCUAUCCCAGUUGCGACUACAGGUGCUGGAACCGAACAGUUUGCCCUCGAGACACGACAAGUCUUCCAUAAACUCACCGAGACUGCUGUCAUCCCCUUCGACAACGGCACCGUCCUAUAUAGCGUUGAAAUCCAACUAGGUGCUCGAGAGAUCGUGGGCCUACCCGCCACCUUCCACGGCUGGGUCUAUAUGGACUUCAACACCGACUGCAGAAUCUACAGCGCUCGAGCCUACGCCAACGUCCCCACUUCGGUCCUUGGAUUGCUCUUCCCGAACACACCUCUUCCAGAUCUGAUGGCAGCGUGCAAAGCGCUACCAGUGGGCGGUCAAAAGCGGGAGGCUAUUGAGUUCCAGGCUUAG